UUUGCUUAGAAUCCAAUGAAAGAUUGCAAGUGCAUUUGAAAGAAAGAAUGCACGCGUUAGAAGAAAAGAACGCGCUUACUCAGGAACUCGAAAAAACGAGAAAAGUGGCGGAGGAUUUGCAAAACGAAAAAACUGACAUUGUUAAAGAAUUGGGCAAGGCGCGUCUGGAAAUCGACAACGUUAAAAGACAAAUGCUCCAGCAGGAAAUUGCGUUUAAUAUUCAACAAACAGACGCAUUAACGAGAAGUUUGUCGCCAAACGCUGUGGAUCCAGGCUCCUUCUCGAGGAGCGCAAGUCACAGCAGUUUCGACACACACUCGUUGCCUAGAAGAGGAGGUAAACGGUCAAUCGAAGAUGAUUCAUCGAAGAAUUAUGUUGCACGGACUUUGGCGGAGCAGGAGUGGGAAAAGUUGCAACAAGCACAUGUGCUCGCUAAUGUCCAACAAGCGUUUGAUGUUUCGAGUGACGCAGAAGGCGACGGGGAUAACGAAAGUAUCUUCAGUUGUGCGGCAGACGUAAUUAGCCCUACUGGGCAUACGGAUGCCCAAACAUUGGCAUUGAUGCUGCAAGAACAAUUAGAUGCUAUUAAUAAGGAAAUUAGAUUAAUUCAGGAAGAGAAACAGAGUACGGAAGCACGUGCGGAAGAACUGGAGUCUCGCGUCGGCAGCCUCGAACACAUGAAUCUAUUAGCAAGGGGCCGAAGCCUCGAACGAGCAUCGCCGCCACUGAGCGGCCGAUCUACACCAAAAUCGCACCACAGUCCAAACAGGGAUUAUUUGCAUAAGUACCACACCGUUAGUAAUCACGCACCUGCGUCAAUGUCUCCGGCGCAUUUACAUCAAUAUGCCGCUUCCUUAGUUAGUCCGGGUCAAUUAUCGGAAUCUCUUCCUGCCAGUCAGUUGCAGUUGUCAGGAGAGGAACUGCACUCGGUUAGCGAAAGAGAUAGUACCGGUGGUGUUGGAAGUGGUGGCAGCGACGCAGCAUCUCCUUUAACAGCCAGGUCUCUGAGAUUGGAACGAGUCGUUCAAGCAUUGGCCCAUAGCCAGGAAGAACUUAGAAGACGUACCGGACAGAGCGGAUUUCCGAGUGCUGGUUUCCCCACGCACAGGUUAAUUAAUAAUACUAAUAUUGCAUGUAAAUCACAUAAUUAGGCUGCGUUCGGAAACGU